UAUGUCUUUGAUAACAGCUGAAGGGCAGAGUAGCCCCUGCAUGACAGCUGAAAGAUCGGCCAAGUGCUGCAAAAGACAGUUACAUUGAUCCAGCCUGGUGAAGACAUCUGGAGACCAUGACCAAGAAAAGAAUUGCUGUGAUUGGAGGAGGUGCAAGCGGGCUCUCUUCUAUCAAGUGCUGCCUGGAAGAAGGCUUGGAACCAGUCUGUUUUGAAAGGACUCAUGACAUCGGAGGACUCUGGAGGUUCCAGGAAAAUCCUGAAGAAGGAAGGGCCAGCAUUUACAAAUCAGUGAUCAUCAAUACUUCUAAGGAGAUGAUGUGCUUCAGUGACUAUCCCAUCCCAGAUCAUUAUCCUAACUUCAUGCACAACUCCCAGGUCCUGGAGUAUUUCAGGAUGUAUGCCAAAGAAUUUGAUCUUCUAAAAUAUAUUCGAUUGAAGACCACUGUGUGCAGUGUGAAGAAGCAGCCUGAUUUCUCCACUUCAGGCCAAUGGGAGGUAAUUACAGAAUCUGAAGGGGAAAAGGAGGUAAAUGUCUUUGAUGGAGUCAUGGUUUGCACCGGCCAUCACACCAAUGCUCACUUACCCUUGGAAAGCUUCCCUGGAAUUGAGAAGUUCAAAGGACAGUACUUCCACAGCCGGGACUAUAAGAAUCCAGAGAGUUUCACUGGAAAGAGAGUCAUUGUAAUUGGCAUUGGAAAUUCUGGAGGGGAUCUGGCUGUGGAAAUUUCCCACACAGCCAAGCAGGUUUUCCUCAGCACCAGGAGAGGGUCUUGGAUCCUGAAUCGUGUAGCAGACUAUGGAUAUCCCCUUGAUGUGUUAGUCUCUUCUCGAUUUAAACAUUUUCUUUUGAGGAUCUGUGGUCAAUCAUUAGCAAACAAUUUUUGGGAGAAAAAGAUGAACCAAAGGUUUGACCAUGAAAUGUUUGGCCUAAAGCCUAAACACAGACCUCUGAGUCAGCAUCCAACAGUGAAUGAUGAACUGCCAAAUCGUAUAAUUUCUGGCUUGGUGAAGGUGAAAGGAAAUGUGAAGGAGUUCACAGAGACAGCCGCCCUAUUUGAAGAUGGCUCCAGGGAGGAUGACAUUGAUGCUGUUAUCUUUGCCACAGGCUAUACUUUUGCCUUUCCUUUUCUUGAAGAUUCUGUUCAAGUAGUCAAAAACAAGGUAUCCCUAUAUAAAAAUAUCUUCCCUCCUAACCUGGAAAAGCCAACUCUUGCAAUCAUAGGCUUGAUCCAGCCUUUGGGUGCCAUUAUGCCAAUUUCAGAGCUCCAAGGACGCUGGGUCACUCAAGUAUUUAAAGGGCUAAAGACAUUGCCCUCACAAAGCAAAAUGAAAGCAGAGAUAGCUAAGGCUCAAGAGCAAAUGGCAAAAAGGUAUGUGGAGAGCCAACGCCAUACCAUUCAGGGAGACUAUGUAGAUACCAUGGAACAGCUGGCUGAUCUCGUGGGUGUCAGGCCCAGUCUGCUGUCUCUGGCCUUCACUGACCCUAAAUUGGCAAUACAGAUGAUCUGGGGACCCUGCACUCCAAUCCAGUAUCGUCUACAAGGCCCUGGAAAAUGGGAUGGAGCCCGAAAAGCUAUCCUCACCACAGAAGAUCGUAUCAGGAAGCCACUGAUGACAAGAGUUAUCGAACACACUAAUUCCACGACUUCAACAAUAACAAUGGCUAAGUGUAUGCUGGCUGUUGUUUUCUUUGCUAUAAUUGUGACCUACUUUUAGCUGUCCCAUUUGUCAUUGCCCCAGUUUUCUUUGGAAAGCUGCAUCUAGAGAUGCCUUCAGAAUCUGAUGAGAUUGAACAGCUCUCGGCUUCACAUUGUUCAGGAAUCUACUUUUCUCUUGCCAAAGCAUUAAUCUUCUUUCCUCUUUUCCUUACAGUGAGACUCUAGCUUUUCAUUCAUAUUGAUUUCCCUCCCGUCCUCUUGUGACCCACCACUUUUUCCUUUCAAUAACCCCUGGACUAUGAGCUCAAGUAUCCUUUCAGUCAUUUUUGUAAGUCCUUAGCAGACUUCUUGACAUGUGGUAUGUGCUUGAUAAAUGUUGUCAAUAUUAUGGUGGGGAGAAGUCAAUAUCUGUAUACUGGGUGACUCCAUGGAACUCUGCUUCUUAUAGGAUUUGAUAUUCUAUUAGACGUUCAAUCUUGGAGCACCUGGGUGGCUCAGUCAGUUCAGUGUCCAACUCUUGAUUUCAGCUCAGGUCAUGAACCCCGGGUUGUAAGAUCAAGCCCAGUGUCAGGCUCCAUGCUGAGCGUGAAGCCUGUUUAAGAUCUCUCUCUCCCUGUGCCCCUCUGUUGAGUGUGCUCUUGCUCUCUCUCUCUCUCUAAGGAAAAAAAAAUAGCUCAAUCUUUUCUUUUUAAUACUGUAACUAAAUGUAUGUUUCCUGAGAGAUCAGAGAAUUAAUGGUCUUAUAUACAUCUAAGAUAUAUAAACACUUAAAACAUUUUAUUUCACUAGUGAUUCACUAGUGUGUCUGAUACCUCAUCCUUUUUACUCUUUUCCCCUAAGCAAUCUGUCUUUAUUUUCUCAAUGAAGAAACUACCUUCAACUUUCUAUGCUCAGGGGUCAUCCUAAUAAUCCAGCAUCUGUGAAUAGAUUUGACUUGGCUGAAAAACUUGGGAUUUUAAGUUAGCUGUCUGAUCUUCUUUUGAUCUCUUAGUUCCCAUAUUAGGAUCCAACAAGACUUUGCCUUAGAAAAUAUGAUCCAUAGCUGCCAACUUUUGUGGUAUGGCCUACAAAUGUCAUUUGUCUCCCCUCACUCCUACUUUCUCCUCUCCACUCCCUCACACACACAGAGUCUAAGUAGUCAAUAUUCAAAGAGGUUACUUAUGUAUUAAAACAAAAUUGAUACUAACUAAAUACAGGGGCAGUCUGCUUAAAACAGUUCUCUUAGGGGCGCCUGGGUGGCUCAGUCGGUUGAGUGUCUGACUUCAGCUCAGGUCAUGAUCUAACAGCUCGUGAGUUUGAGCCCCGCAUCAGGCUCUGUGCUGACAGCUCAGAGCCUGGAGCCUGCUUCUGCUUCUGUGUCUCCGUCUCUCUCUGCCCCUAACCCACUCGCAUUCUGUCUCUGCCUCUCUC